AUGGCAUCUCAAGUAGCAGGAGUUAAAAAUACCAACGAGGGUGAAAAUGAUCAAAAAGAUCAUGGGUUUUUUGGGAGCAGGAUGAAGAACAAGGUUGUUGAGUUUCCCAUGAAGUUAAAGAAGCUAGGGCAAGAUGAUCCGAGAAGGAUUGUUCAUUCUCUCAAAGUAGGACUAGCAGUUUUGUUGGUAUCAAUGCUAUAUUACUGUGAUCCUCUCUAUGAUGGCCUUGGUGCCUCAGCUAUGUGGGCUGUUUUAACUGUUGUGGUUGUCUUCGAAUUUUCCGUAGGAGCAACACUCGGAAGAGGUCUGAACAGGAUUUUGGCAACAUUUCUCGCAGGUUCUCUAGGAUUUGGUAUUCACCAUCUGGCAAAUCUAUCAGGAGAAAAAGGUCAUCCGAUACUGGUUAGCCUUUUUGUCUUUCUACUAGCUGCAUCAGUGACAUUUCUCCGCUUCUUUCCCCGGAUCAAGGCAAGAUAUGAUUAUGGACUCCUGAUUUUUAUCUUGACAUUUUGUAUGAUAUCGGUAUCCGGAUACAGAGAUGAAGAGAUACUAGAAAUGGCACACAAGAGGGCUUCCACAAUCCUUAUAGGUGCCUUUACAGCUGUGUCUGUGUGUGUUUUCAUUUGCCCGGUGUGGGCUGGUGAUGAUCUGCACAACUCGGUUGCUACCAACAUCGAAAAGCUUGGGAGCUUCUUAGAAGGGUUUGGGAAUGAAUGCUUCAAAAAAUCUUUCAAGGGAGGAGAGUCUAAUAGGGCACUUUUAAAAGGAUAUUGCAGUGUUCUAAACUCGAAACAGAGUGAAGAAAGUCAGGUUAAUUUUGCUAGGUGGGAGCCUAGGCACGGUCGGUUUAGGUUCCGUCAUCCUUGGAAACACUAUCUAAAGAUCGGAAGCCUUACCCGACAAUGUGCUUACCGGAUUGAUACUCUUAAUGGCUACAUCAACUCCGAAAUCCAGACACCGCUAAACAUCCAAAGCCGCAAAGUUCAAGAGUUGUGCAUGAAGAUGAGCACAGAGUCGAGCGAGGCAUUGAAAGAACUGGCAUUGGCCAUGAAAGCAAUGACUCGACCAACAUCUGCCUCUGCACACAUAAUAAAAUCAAGAACUGAAGCUACUACCCUGAAAUCCUUUCUCAAGUCUCCAGGCUUGGGUGAAGAUAUUCUUUUGCUAGACAUCAUACCAGCUGUGACUGUAGCUUCACUGUUAACUGAUGUAGUGGCCUAUGUUGAACAAAUUGAAAAAUCCAUACAAGAAUUGGCCUCUCUUUCACAUGUACAGUUCAAGAGUGCAGAACCAAAAACGGAGCAAGAGCAGACAAAGUUACACCAUCAUGGCAUGGUGCACCCUUGUGCUGAAACCGAAGGACCACAUCAUGUUAUCACAAUUGUUCAACCAUCGCUGAAGGAAAUAGAAAACAAACAAGCUCCUUUUAGGCUAGCAUAG